GUCGACCGCAUUGCAUUUGUUUUUACGACGGCGGACAUUAUCGCGUUAUCGCGCGCUCAACUUGUUACUUAAGCGCGUUACUUAAUCGCAAAUUCAACACAAUCCGCGAAAAUUUCUAUCGUGAGGUGUUGGAACACUUAUAAUUUACAGUUUUUCAGUGCAUACUUAACUAAAAACCAAUUUACAUCGUUUAAAAAGUGAAUAUUUUCCUAACCUCACACGGAUCAUCAACAGUGUAUUCGUACUUAAGUAUAGUAUAAAAAUAAAAAUAAAAAUAAAGUGUUUUGUGUUGCAUAGUGUACAAUUACGUAGUGCCAUAUUGAUUUAAAAACUUGGAUACAUUAUAAAAGGAUAAAAUAUUAAAAUUCAAAAAUUCAAAAGAUUUUACACAUAAUUUUAAUCGAAACUUCCAACAAUCAAGAAGAAUAAAAUGCAACAAAUCCUGCAACGUGCAAGCUCCACAGCCAGGACCUCUCGCACCCUCAUCAUCCAGCAGGUGCAGAGACUUCUAUCCACACAACUCGAGUUUACCAAGGACCGUUAUAAUAUCGACAGAGGAAAAUUUGGCACGCUUGACGACACGCAUUAUGGUUAUUUUGAAGAUUUACUCGGAAAAGACCGAGUUAUUCGAGAUCCAGAAGAAUGUGAAGCUUAUAAUGUUGAUUGGGUCAAAAACGUAAAAGGAAUGAGUAAAUGUAUCCUAAAACCAAAAACAACGCACGAAGUAUCCGCAAUACUAAAAUUCUGCAACACACAUAACUUAGCAGUAUGCCCACAAGGUGGCAACACUGGCCUAGUCGGCGGAUCAGUCCCAGUUUUCGACGAAAUUGUCCUCUCUACAACACUAAUGAACCAAAUUAUCUCGGUUGAUGAUAUAUCUGGUGCUGUCGUCUGCCAAUCUGGUUGCAUACUCGAAACAUUAGAUUCUCACCUAGCUAAGUAUGAUUUAAUGGUUCCACUUGACUUAGGCGCUAAAGCAUCUUGUAAUAUUGGUGGAAAUGUCUCGACAAAUGCCGGCGGAUUGAGAUUAUUGCGAUAUGGCAAUUUACAUGGGAGUGUAUUGGGGCUUGAAGCUGUGAAGGCUGAUGGGGAUGUGGUCGAUUGUUUGAGCACGCUGCGGAAGGACAACACUGGAUAUCACCUCAAGCAUAUGUUUAUCGGGUCGGAGGGGACGUUGGGGGUUGUUACCAAAGUGGCACUUCAAUGUCCGACACGUCCGAAGGCUACAAAUGUUGCUUUUUUAGGUACGAAUUCAUUCCAGAAUGUUUUAAAAACUUUCCGGAAGUCAAAACAUUCACUCUCAGAAGUGCUCUCUUCGUUUGAAUUGAUUGAUGCGCAAUCAUUGAAUGUGGUUACGAAACAUUUUGGCAAACAGUGUCCGAUUUCUCAACAUCCUUUUUAUAUUUUGAUUGAAACGCAUGGGAGUAAUGCAACGCAUGAUGAAGAGAAAUUGCAUUCGUUUCUUGCUGAGACUAUGUCGGAUGGUGUUGUGUUGGAUGGAACUGUUAGUAGUGAUCCGUCAAAGAUUGCGGAUAUUUGGCAGUUGAGAGAGACGAUUACAGCUGCUUUGCAACAUGAUGGUUAUGUGUUUAAAUAUGACUUUUCUAUUCCGAUUAAGACUUUUUACUCGAUUGUGGAGAUUAUGAGGGAGAGGCUGGGGGAGAGUGCUGUUACUGUUUGUGGGUAUGGACAUAUAGGUGACUCUAACUUGCAUCUGAAUAUAACUUUAAAAGAAUAUAGUGAAGAAGUCCAUGGCAAAAUUGAACCUUUUGUUUAUCAGUACACAUCGCAAAUGAGAGGCAGCGUGAGUGCUGAACACGGCAUCGGUUUCCGCAAAAGCAAAUAUUUGCAAUAUUCUAAGUCGGCCAGUGCCAUCGGCUUAAUGAAAAGUUUAAAACAAAUGAUGGAUCCUAAAGGCAUUUUAAAUCCUUAUAAAGUUCUACCAUAAUAUUUCUCAUUUUUGCCUUUUUUUCUUAAUUAUUUUGAAAAAUAUUUGAAAAAACUUAUUUCCAAAUUGUGAAAAACUUAUUUUGCGUGAUAAAAUUGUAAUAAAUAUAUUCAAAUCAAAAAAUAUUGCUUAUUUUAUAUUAUUAUCAAUCAUAAUCCAAUAUUUUCCACAAAAUUUUGCAAAAUAUUUUACAAAUUCAUAUUUUUUGAGUUAUUUUAAACCCAAACACGGAAAAUAUUCAAUUUUUAGCUUACAACGUCAUAAUUUCUAGCCUCUUACUAAACAAAAUGCGUUUCGGAAAAUUACUUGCAUAGUUUAGCAAGUUUUCUCUAUCAUUUUGGCAAAUAUCAUGUUUACAUUCUGCGCUGUACACUCAAUUAGCGUUCAUCUAUUCCUGGCGCAUCACCGUAUCAUGCCACUGAAGCGCGUCAAACUCUCAUGUUCUCAAUCCCAUCGUAAAACUAUACUUAAAACGAAAAACUUAAAAACUCUAAGAUAAAACACGCUUUCCACGCUCGUCGCGCACCAAAAUAUUACGCCUUUCCGUUUAUUGCGCUUGUGUUUUGACUAGUUGCGGCGUGGUGGGCUGUUGUCAAGCCGCUAGCACGCCGAAAGUCGAAAUAUAGAAAUGUAAAUUUAAAUUUCAACCGCCUGACCCUGAGUCAGGACGGCAAACAGGUUCGUCGUCUUUUCUCGGCGUGCGCACCACACAACACCGGCUUUUAAGAUAUCAACCCAACCAAACUCAGCGCACACCUAACUUAAAUCAACUUUUGUAAUAUAAAACAACCGCUGUGCACAGAUGUGUUUAGUUUAGUUGUGUUAAGUUGGUCAGUGCGCACGUUACUUAAAUCUAUUAUUUUGUAAAGUGACUUAAGUUAAGCAAAAAUUACUUAAGUUAAGUAAAAUUACUUAAGUAAUAAAAUGUGUUUUAAGUGAUAUUAAUUUUUAUUCAAAUUUCAUCUUGCAUCUUGCACUUCCGGUGUGUGUGAAAAUGGAAAUUAUUUAAUUAACCAGUUAAACGGAUUGUUUGCGAGCGUUGUAAACCUGGUAAUUUGUUGCAAGCGAGUGCAAUUCACAGUGAAGGUAUGAAAAGUAAAACUCAUCAAAGUGGAACUAAUUAAGGCGGAACACAAUUAUGCACACGAUUCAAUUUCACACCGUACCUACACUCAACUAGAUUUAAUUAAAUUACUUGCAAAUUAUACUUUCACUUGCUACUCAGUACCUAAUAUUUCCACAAACUAAUCAGUAUUUUACUUAAAAUGCUAAAAAUUUUGUUUUAAACAAUUAAAAGUGAUUUAUUUACAUUUUUAACAAUAUUUACCUCAAAAAUAUCAUAAAAAAAUGAUUUUUGUUAAAAAAUUUUAAUUUAUUGCAAUUUUUGACUAAAAAUUACAUUUUUUAUUGAUUGAUGUGAUUUGGCUUAUCAUCACUCGUCAUAUUUACGUUUUGAUUAUGAUUUAUUGAUAGCUAAAUGAUUAUUUAUUGAUAAAUAAUGUUUGUAAAUGAUUUGUCAUUCAAUAUGCGUGUUAUCAAUUUGAUAUCAAUUUGAGGUGCAUGAAUUGUCGGCAUGUUCGUUGGUAGAACGUGAAUUUCAAGUUUAAACAAUGCACACGAACUGCACGCAUGUUCUGUCACUGGUCUUAAAUGUUUAAUGCUGUUGUUUAAUGUUUAUCUUAUCAGCUCGCGGUAUUUUCCUAGAGGCUUGUGCUUUUAGAGGCCUACAGUUGUCAGUUGACGGUUGCUGAGUUAACACACGUUUAAUUAAACAUAAAUAAUUUAAAAAAA